AUGGCGUCCCGCCUGGCGGCGCGCGCCCGCCCCCCGUCAGCGCCACAGUCGUGGCUGCGGCUUCUCCCGGAGGCGCUUCUCGUGCUGCUGGUGGUGGCGCGCACAGCCUCGCGCGGUGUGGCGGCGGGGUUGCGGGAAUUCUCAGUGGGCGGGGAGGCGGGCCCCGAGCACGUGCUGUCGCUGUACCGCGUUGAGUACCCCCCCCUUCUCAUGCGUGCAUCGUUCCCCGCCUGGGCGGACGCCUACGGGCUCUCCCCCGACUCGCUGCUUCCGCCCUCCCCCCUCUCCCUUCCGCCCUCCCUCCCCCCCGCCCCUCAUCUCGACGACUGCGCCGCGCUCACAGCGCUGCGCCAGCAGGCGGAGCAGCGGGGGGAAGGGGGGAAGCUCCCCUCAUGGGCGGGGCCCCUAGACUCGUGCAACCCCUCGCCCCACCCCCCUUGGGUGCGAGGGACGGACGCGGCCAAUCUGGCGAUGACACGUGUCGUGCAGCGGGACAUCUGGGCGAACCAGUUCCCGGGCGGCUCAUGUGCGGACAGGCGCCAGCUGGUGGUGUCGUGGCCGCCGGACUUCCAGCACGGGGUGGGGUCGCAGGUGCACGUGAUGACGUCCUUCCUCAGCAUUGCCAUGCGCUACAAUCGCACUCUCGUGCCCGACCCCUUGAACUAUAAUAGGGCAUAUACCGACCAGUGCGCAGACAUGGGCAAGUCAGGUCAGUGGGAGUGCUACUUCUUCCCACUGGUGGCCCUCGAGUGCGAGCGCGUGGUCAUGGCCGCCAAGGACGCCAACACGGUGGAGUGGAGUGCGGUGCAGCUGGGUGCGCUGUGUGCGUCGCAGCACCGCGUGGUGGGCGUGGUGGGCAUGCCGUACCUGGAGCUCGAGCGUGAAGCCACCAUUGCCCUGCGGUGGGGUCGGCCUCACUUGGACCGCCCCAGCACGGUGUGGUUCCCUCCGGGCGCCGCCGCUAACGAUGACAGGACCCCUCAGAUCUACUCCUCUCCCGUCCGCUCCUCCCAAACCCCCCUUCCAGGUGCACUGGUGGCGGGUGCAGGCGGUGUGUCUCUUGGCUAUUCUGAGUCAACAAUUUAUCUGGCCCCACCCUCCCCCCCCCUCCCACUGAAGGUACACUGGUGGCGGGCGCAGGGGGUGCGCUUCAUGCUGAGGUGGCCAUCAGCCCAUCUCUGCCACGUCAUCAACCAACAGAGACACACCGCCUACGGCAUGCACGUGGCCAAUCGCAUCGCUCGCUUCGCCGAGACCCAAUCGGAGUCGAUCGCUGCGAUCAAAGCCACCUCUCACACCACCGCCAGCACAAACAGUACCAGCAGCACCGAGAGCAGCAACACUGGCAGCCUGGCUGCGGAAGCGGCGGCGGUGGGCGGCAUGUCAUUCGCGUCUUCUGACGUCCGGGCUGCACUGGCCCGCGCCCCAUGGGCGUUCCACUCCCCUCCCCACUCCCUUGCCCAGGAUCAAGCAGUGGUGCAGGGGGGUGUGGAGGGAGUGGAGGGAGUGGAGGGUGUGGGGGCUGUGGAGGCUGUGGGCAGUGGUGGUGGGAGGCGGUGUGACAAGGUGGGAGGAGGUGGCAGCAGUGCUGCUGAGGCUGUCAGCAGGCUGGCUGGUGAGGUGGCUGGUGAGGCAUACAUGGUGCGACCGGUGGUGGCGGUGCAUGUGAGGGGCAGCGACAAGGAGGAGGAGAUGGGGCUGCUGGGGCUGCCAGUGUACAUGUACUUCGCCCACCAGCUCAGACUGUUGCUGCCCGACCUACGCCACGCGUGGAUCAACACCGAGUCCCAGGCUGUGAUCGACAGCCUCAACUCGUACCACGAGUGGACAUUCCUGUACAGCAGCAACGCGCGGCAGGCCACCACAUCCAACAACACGAGGGAGUACGACGACAAGCAGUCCGUGGCGGCCAGCUUCGCCAGCCUUCUCAUUGCAUCGCAGGCUGACGUGUUCAUCGGCACGCUGGGGUCCAAUUGGAGCCGCCUGAUGAAUGAGCUGCGCUUCACCAAUGGCCGGCUCUUCAACACCUUCAUUGCACUCAAUGAUGGCGAGUGGUGA